GCCCGGCGGCGGGAGGGGCUCCGCGACGGCGCGCGGGCUGCUGGGGGCGACGGUGCCGGCAUGGCGCAGCUCACCGCGAGGUUCCGCGCCGAGAACCCUAGGUACGCCGUAGAGGACGUUCCGUUCUCCGUGCCCGCGGCCUCCGAGACCGCCGACCUCAGUCACCUCAUCAACAAGCUGCUGGCGGCGCGCGCCGCGGACCACAAAUAUGUGGAGUUCGACUUCCUCAUCCAGGGCCAGUUCCUGCGCGUGCCGCUGGUCACGCACAUGGAGAUGGAGAACAUCUCCACGGAAGAAGUGGUGGAAAUCGAGUAUGUGGAGAAAUACAUGGCCCCGCAGCCCGAGGAGUGCAUCUUCCACGAUGACUGGAUCAGCUCUGUUCAGGCCACCGAAGAAUGGAUACUAACUGGCUGCUAUGAUCAGUCUGCCCGAAUCUGGUCUUUAGAAGGAAAAUCUAUCAUGACAAUAGCUGGGCAUACAGAAGUAGUGAAGGAUGUGGCAUGGGUGAAGCAAGAUAGUUUAUCCUGCCUGUUAAUCAGUGCAUCUAUGGACCAAACUAUCCUCCUCUGGGAGUGGAAUGUGGAGAAGAACAAAGUGAAAGCCCUUCACUGCUGCAGAGGACAUGCUGGGAGUGUAGACUCUGUGGCAGUUGAUUGCACAAGGACUAAAUUCUGCAGUGGAUCUUGGGAUAAAAUGCUAAAGAUUUGGUCUGCAGUCCCUACAGAUGAAGAGGAUGAGAUGGAAGAAGCAGCUAACAGACCACGGAAGAAGCAGAAAACGGAACAGUUGGGACUAACAAGGACUCCCCUGGCAACCCUCUCUGGCCACACAGAAGCCAUCUCUUCUGUGCUGUGGUCAGAUGCUGAAGAAAUCUGCAGUGCAUCGUGGGACCACACCAUUAAGUUCUGGGAUGCUGAGACUGGGGGUCUCAAAUCAACUUUGACAGGAAACAAAGUGUUUAAUUCCAUUUCUUACUCACCUCUGUGUCGACGUCUGGCAUCUGGGAGUACUGACAGACAUAUCAGACUAUGGGAUCCUCGUGGCAAAGAUGGCUCCUUGGUUCUCCUGUCUCUGACUUCUCACACAGGCUGGGUGACAUCUGUGAAGUGGUCACCCACCCACGAGCAUCAGCUGAUCUCUGGUUCUCUGGACAACAUUGUGAAGCUGUGGGACACAAGAAGUUGCAAAGCUCCACUGUAUGACUUGGCUGCUCAUGAAGAUAAGGUUUUGUGUGUGGACUGGACAGAAGCAGGGUUGCUAUUGAGUGGAGGUGCAGACAACAAACUGUAUUGCUACAGAUACCCAGCCACAGCCUCUGAUGUUGGAGCAUGAAGGUCAACAGCUAGAAGGCAUUUUUUUUUUUUUUUUAAUUUCAAACUUCCCAGUAGUCACUCUCUGUCAACAUCCAUACACACCCAACAUUUGAAUGAAGACUUGCAGUUCAGAGUUGUUCCUACUUUUUGUACUGGUAACCUAUAUCUGAAUUUAUAAGAGCAGAACAACAGCCAGCAGCUUCACACAUGCUUACUGUGAAACAGCAGAGGGUGUUUCUUCCCAUUUUGAUGACUUUGUAUUUAAAUCUUUCAAAUGGCUAUUUGUAUAGCCCUCUUAUUAACAGUAAGCUGUUAUUGACACUUAGAGGAAAAAUUACUGGACUAAAUUAUUAUUUUUUUUUUUUUUUGCAUUCACCUGCAUUCCCUUUAUAAAAAAUUAAAGCUUUUAUCUAA